AUGACUUGCCAUCGUCGUUGUACGUUUGCCUUCGCCACUGCCUGGACACUGGUUGCUAUCGCACUUCUGCUGAUUGAACUCUUUACGCCGUACAUGUAUGUAAAAUCAGACGCUGCACACGGACUUAUGUACAAAUGCACAGCCGGUAAGCAAUCAUUCGUAUAUGUUCUAGUGCAACGUUUAUGACACUGCCUAUAUAUGUUUCUCUUCAUUUCUUAUAUACACAGAAAUUUUAUCAGAAAUACAUAUUCACGCACGGGAAUCUGUAUUUCCUAUGGUAACUACUAGGUUUCUGUGCAAAAUGCAUACAAUAUAGUGCAUUGUGCUUUAUCGCCAUGCAUAUAUGUAUAUAUAUACUGUUAUUUGCGUAUUUUGUUGAUUUUAGCCUCAGAUCCUUCUAAUUUGCCAUCUCAGAUAGAAAAAAAUGUGUGCAAACUCAGUUUCACGCCAAAUGCCGGUGGGUUGUGGUCUUCCGAACUUCUUUUUUACGUCUCAUUAUUAAUGCUUAUUGCGUAAAACUGUGCGCCUGACUUUCACACAUAAAAUCCAGAAAUGUAAGGAGAUGCGUUUUGUCCCUGUUGGUGUCUACUUAAAACGCAAAACUUCUUAAUGUUUUAAUAACACUCUGAUAUAACCGUUGAUGGUAGGAAUCUGCCUGCGCAUAUAAAACAAAUUCAUUUAUCGGUAGUUUUCAUACUUAAAUGCAGAGAUAUCUUACUUAUUAUGGAAACAACCGGCAACUAAAUAGUAGCCAUAAUACACGAUAAGUCGGACCUUAUGUGCAUCCUUUCAGAACCUAGAAACCAUUGAAAUGUACAUAAAGGCAGACGUAGAAGUUUCAGAAGUAAAUGGCACAUGUCAUAUUGUAUCAUUUGAAAUCAAGUCAUGAAUUUUGCUAUCGAUUCGACAAGCCAAUCAGGGUAAGUAAAUACGCGCUAGGGCUGAACACCUGUUUAUCAAAAGGUGUUCAUACUCAUGAACUGGGCCCGUUAUUUAAAAGACAAAUAGUGGUUAGAAUGUGCAAUAAGAAAACGAAGUCUCCUCUCUUAGUUGCCACCAUUCAAAAAGUUCAAACCAUCCGUAAAUGCGAACAUUUCCCGCUAAAGUGCUCCAUCUACUGUCUGGGGAUUUCUAACGGAUAUUUAAUCAUCGGUUUCCAUGUGUCACGAAACAACAGAAAACAAAUCUGGAGUCUACAUGAGUCAAAUGACUAAAGUUAGGGAGUCUCCGAAUGACUGUUCCCUGAACUUAGCCAUUGUUGUUACUUACUUAAAAAGGGCUCCUUGUACCUUUGUGCGGUGGGUUCUUAUAAUGGUGGUUCACUUUUAAUAUUAAUGACAACAAAGUAUGAAACAAACCGAUUUAUCUUUAGGUAAUUUUACCUCUUAAGGAACUGCACGUGCGAAGACCAGAUGUGAAACGUCCGUGUGAAUAUGUGGAUAAUUUUGCAGCCUAGUUCCCCACUCACCUGUCUGUUGUUUUAAUGAUCCAUGUAGCAACAAUUUGUGCCCUGAUUUCGUUCGCCAUCAUCACAAUCUUCCUUAUAUACUCCACUGUUGUGUGGUUCAAACUCUGCUGCAUCGCAGAAAGUUGGCCAAUGUUUUUCAUCAUCCUCGUCAGGGUCGGUAUAGCACUUAACAUUUUGGCGCGUGAGUUGAGAUUUUUAAUUCCCCAUGUUUCUACGUAAAGAUCUUUAACAACCUUUCGUAUUCAUCAAUCCCCCAAAGAUUUCCAUAAUAAGCUUCACCCUACCACAGGCAAGAUAUAACUAGUUGAGUAUUUCAUACUUAACGGGUUUAUUGGUAAAUCGAACUCCGUAUUUGCCCUAGAUGUUGAUAAACAUCCUCUAACAUGCGCGGGAUGAGUCUUUCAUUGUGAGUCUAAGAAGUUUAAGGUUUUACAACAGCACGGUAAGAUCAGGAAAAAGUUUACUGUCUAACAUAAUUGUCAGGGUUUGUUUUCGUACAAACAAAGGUUGACAGUGGAAAUGGACUAGGUCACAGUAUGCGCCGCAGCUUAACGAGUGUAGGGAAGCGACUUAGGGGUGAAGUAGUUUACAGUGAUGGCAAGCAUAGAUGACAUCAAGCGUAACCUUUUCUCCGUUACCCACCUGAUACUGGUGUCAAGAAAGAGUCAAAAAAACCGGAUGCGGGGUCGGACGCAGCGGAUAACAAAGCCAAACAGUCCCUCCAGGUGUGAAACCCAUCCUGGCACGCGUAGGACGGAUCAGGGUUUCACAUAAACGAGGCACCAGUUCGGAUUCCAUCUGAGUGAGGAUGUCAUGGAGACCACAUCAGUAAGGAGCCAUUGCAGGCUGACUAUCCGUCGUGAGAACAGGAACAAGUUAUCCCGUCAAGUUGGCAGCCUUCCACAGCGCAGAUUUUAGCGCACCGUAAUAGUUUAAAAGCGCAUUAGAUUCUUAAUAGUGAGGAAUUUACGUCGUGUACCGUGGGGACGGAAUCUCCAAAGUCGAAUUCACUCUGCGUAUCCUCACCCUGCCCAGUUCCCUGUCCGAGUUGGUCGGUCAUCUAAUGCGAGCUCUAAACGUCAGUGGCUGACAAAGUUGUGCAGCCCGUAUACGCGUGCCACGCACCACCCAGUCCCCCAUGACGCGUAAAGGUUUCACACAAACUCAGACAUAAAAAGAAGAGCUGUCUGAUGUGCUCAUAAGCCCGGUGGAUUAGAAAACGUCAGUCCAUUGUUAACACUCAGUUUAGUAAUUUGUCCGCCUGCACUUUGUUAAAAAGGUGCUUUUUGCAUAAAUACUUUAUUUUCCAGAUACUAGGUGCUUAAAACAACUCUUUUCGUUUUUAGUAAUAGCAAAUGUCAUCACUACGGGUCUUGUGGCCUCUCAAAAACAAAGCGUACGUCCAUAAAAUUUAAAAUACACAUCAGCAUUUGUCAGGCUUAUGUAAUUUAUAUAAUUGUCAAUCAAAUUCAUCGAAACCUUAUGCUUACUGUUUUCCCCAGGAGACUUGCAGCGGAAAACAUCAAAUACUCUCAAACGUAGCCUAUUCCAUCGAAUACGUAGAGAGAAUUUUACAGUUUAGUACGUCUGCGAAAUUACGCCACCCAUUUGAGUGGGCUUACCAAAAUGCCAUAAAAACUCGAAACCAGGUGUUUAAAUCACAGUCUGGGCCCAUUAUUAUCAAGGACUCGGGUUCCAAAAUCAAAAAGAUAUUAAAGUAUGGUCGACGGAGGACACACUAAUUGAAACGGACGUCCACAUGGAUGUUCCAAAGACCCCAGUGAAGCCAUAGUAAACAUGCAUUUCCUACAGUGGCUUCAAAUAGCACGUCACUAAUACUAAUCCUAGCCAAGAAAUUUGUAAGUAUUUGUUUUUUAGGGUUUUCAUACCUGUUCUUUCCUAUGAAACAUGCAAUCGAAAAAGUCGGCAUGGAUUCAUAUAGAAAGAGCAUUGGCAUGUGGCGUCAUUUGUCAUCGGUAACUGUUGCUGCCUGUGAUUACGAACAAUGGAAUAGCCGAUAAUAGCCUUUUCAGAGGUAUUGACUAGUAAUUUCCCAAUCUGGUCUAUUUGCACACUCCAGAUUUGAAAUAUAAUUUAGUGGGUUUGGUGGUGGCUGGCGUUUACAACGUUUUCGCAUCCACCGCCUUACUGAGAGGCAGGAUAUUUAAGUUGGCAGAGUUUGCCUAGAAACCUAAUAACACUGUUAAAACGGUGUCCUGCAGACCGCCGGAGGACGCAGGUUUGACUCUGUCUAACCGGGAUAAGUACACACAGGACCACAAAUGCCAGAGUAGGAUUUGUCAGGAAGCUUUGAGUUGCUAUAAAGGUGGACGAAAACAUGUAUCAGUCGAGAGAUGGGAGUAUGAAAUAAUACGUCUGUGCAUCUGCAGGGCAGCCAGUGGAAGCAAAAUGCAUUGAAGGAAACAAAAUCCCUUCAUGGUGCAUAAUAUUUCACAAAUAUAGCCGAAGGCGACCUCAAUCUGACAAGAUAAACGUGCUAUGCAGUACAGACUAAAUGCAUCCGAUGACACAUAACGCCUCUUUCGUUAGACGCUGAACCUUGUGUUGCGGCAUGUUAGCCUCACCACAUCACUAUCCGUUUUUGUCACAAUUGACACUAAUGCAACCAGUUGGAUGUCAUCGUUAUUUCUCCUUAUUUGUUAUAUCCACUAUAUGACAAUGUCUCGACUUAAAUCCGCUAAGUGAACACCAACAUAAACAGCUUUCUCCUCUUACUGUCAAGGCAGCUAAUGGAAUGCAUAAAAUUCAACAAAACAACCACUUUUGCCAGUAUUGCCUAUGCAAAACCUGGGUGAAACCUGAGUAUAGAGCAAUGAUCACAGUAAAGUGGUUCGUUUGCAACCUCAUCCAUCACAACCAAAUUUGGAGCCACGGCUUCAGUUAGCUGGUAAAACGCCCUACAUCCUGUUAUGUGGGGUUCGAAAGGUGGGAGACGGACAACCACACCCAUUUCUUGAUUAGAGUUUGAACCCCAUAAAAGAAAUGAGAUCAGUAAGAUAAUCCAUAGUAUUAGACAUACUGUUGCACUUAGUUUGCGCAGGGUCUUGACAAAGCUCUACGGACAAAUAGGUUACUUGGGUUAUUUUUGUGCGCGGCCUUAUGUGGACACAUGUGCGCAAUUUAUGGUCAUUUCGGGUUGUCGACACUUUGCGUCAAAAACGUCUCGUAUUUGUUCUCGGUAAAUGAAGAACUUAUCAAAUAUUGAACAAUUUAUUUUCAAUGCUCUCCUACGCUCUAACUGGAGGAUUCUGAUCUAUUAUUUUACAGGGUUACACAUUUUCCUACUCCUUCUACGCCCUUGGUAUAGCGGAUGGACUCAUUCUGGUGAUAAUUAUAAUGCUCAUUGCAAUGCUCUGCUGUCGAACGCGUGAUAAAGAUGAGCGCCCUAGGAGUCGCAAGGGAAGUACUCAGCAACCAACAUACGCGCAACCAAUUUUUUACGGUCAGUUCCAACCCGUCGGAACCAUGCCCCCUGCCGGCGGCUACUAUGCUGGCCAGACGCCCCCACAACCUGCGUAUGAUGUCCCGGGCAACAAUUUUAAUAACACCUUCCCAUCCAACAGCAGAUUCGCUAAUUGGAACACUGACGGCAGCGAACCUCUUUAUCGAUGGCUUUACCUAUUCACACGAUCAACUGUCUUUGGUUCCAAAAAGUAA